AAUACAAUUACAGGAAGGGGUUCAUAUCAAGCAUGCAUCUUUUCCAAAAGAGUUCAUGUUUUCACAUGAUGAUAUCCGCUGGAAUCUUGGUACUGUUUAUCGUCAUUCCUAGUGAAACAUGUAUCUGGAUACCUACGGUAGAACAGCAAGAUUUCUGCUCCGCACAGUAUGUUUUUGGAGCUGACAUUUUGAACAGAAGUUCGGAAAAUGAAAUGUUUGGUUUUGUAUACAAUAUCCGGGUGGCUGACGUUUACAGGUACAACGGGAUUAAAGAUAUCGUUAAAGGUUUUAAAACAAUUUACGGAGAGGGACGUGCAAAAUCGUGUGGACCACAGAUGCUGGACGUGAAUUCUUCCUACAUUCUGUACGCUACAGAAAGAGAAGGGGAGCUCCAAAUAGACGACUACAGACAAAUGCAAUAUGUGGAAAAAGAUGACAUCGACAGAAUGUCACAGAUGUAUGACUGUUCAUGCGAAGUACGCUUCAACUACAUAGCCGUUCAAACUAAUAAUGCAGAUUUUCAGCUAAAUCCCCCUACAACCGACCAAUGUAACGUGCCGUCGGAUUAUUGUAGAAGAAGUUUCUACUGUAAGCGGAACCCAACAGGAGCGUGUGUUGUUGGAAACCACGGCAAUUGUUAUUAAAUUAAUAAAUUGCUUUCUAUUCUUCAUAUUAUUCAUCAAUUUGGAAGUAUAUGUCCAUUCGCGGAUGAAUGCCAAAAGAGAGCUUUUCCAAUGAA